AUGUCUUGUUUUGAUGUCAGUUGAAACCAGGUCUCUACGUUGGAACGGUAGGCUUUAUUGCGUCUAUACCAAGGAAAACCAUACGAGGAUCACUGAUUUGGAACUAAAACCAAAAUGUGACGAAACGUCUGCGACUUUUUAUUUGUAUAGUUAACAUUUUUGGAUUUUUUUUCUGUUUUUUGGACACAAAAGUGAGAAACAUGGUGGAAAAAAAGCAUGUGAUACACCGGGCCGCCACGGAUGGUAGCAUUUCAUCAUUCGGCAUAGUUGGAAUCGUGGCCGGAACCAUUGUUUUCAUCGUACUAGCAACCAUCGUAACAUACAAAUGUUAUCGUCGCCGUAGAGCUCAGGAGGUUCAGAGUAGGUUAUCAUCAGCCAUUAAAAAGGGGUUGAAGGAAAGCACGAAUGUCAAGAAAAAUGUCUCGACGCGCGGAACACCAAUGAAGCACAAAGCCACCAGCCCUAUUACUCCGCCUUCGCAGCACGAUCUUGGAUCCACUGAACGUAUGCUUCCGCCAUCGUACUCAAUGCAAUCCGAAAAAGAGUCCUCGGGUCACGUGAAAUCAGAAGUAUAUGUGGAAAAUGAGAAAGAGGGGAAAACACCAGAGAAAGAAGUUUGCAUGAGGGAAAAACAGAUUGAUGAAAAUAAAAUACAGAAAUUGGGCAACCUGCAUUUUUCUGUUGAAUAUGACUCGCUGAAGACUGCCUUGCUUGUGACGAUCCUACGCGCUGUAGAUCUACCCCAGAGGGACCCCAGUUUAGGAGGUUGUGAUCCCUAUGUCAAGCUCCAACUCCUUCCCGAUAAAAGGCACAAAUGUAAGACAAGGGUUCUCCGGAAAACCCUCAGUCCGACCUACGAUGAGACCUUUACGUUCUACGGGAUCAGUGAAAAUCAGAUUCAAGGAAUUACGCUGCAUUUCGUGGUCCUUAGCUUUGACCGGUUCUCGCGAGACGAGAUUAUUGGCGAGGUUGUGUAUCCUCUUAAUGGUGUUGACCCUACCCAGAAGGAAAUUCACCUGACGAAGGAGAUCCAUCCGCGCCACCUCAAAUUCCAGAUGCAGGGCCGGGGGGAGCUCCUUGUGUCCUUGUGUUACCAGCCCGCCGCCAACCGUCUUACCGUAGUGGUACUGAAAGCCAGAAACCUCCCAAAGAUGGACAUCACCGGCCUGUCAGGUGAGAAUUAUCCUUACGUGAAGAUAUACCUUCUCUAUAAUGGCCAAAGAAUCGCUAAAAAGAAGACGCAUGUGAAAAAGCGAACACUGAACCCUGUGUUUAAUGAGUCGUUUCUGUUCGAUGUUCCUUACAAUGAGGGUCUUCAAAACAUCAGUCUGGAGUUCCUCGUGCUCGACUGGGAUCGCGUCACUAAGAACGAGGUGAUUGGUCGCCUCGAAGUUGGCGCCAGAACUAGCAGUCAGCAGCUGCAUCAUUGGAGCGAAGUCAUCAACUGCCCCCGAAAGCAGAUCGCCGAGUGGCACAAAUUGAAGGAAUGAAUCGGACGUCAUUUAAAUGGAAUUUAGUCUAAACUUAACACUGUGGCUAUAUAUUGACUAACAUGCAUGUAUUUAAACUAAGAAUCGGUUUGUCAACUGUUAUUUCGUGAAACAGACAUUGAGCUACAAAUAAAUAUGUGAUACACAGUUUAACUUACAUGCAUGUACAUAAAAUUGACGUAGGUAUGAAACCGGAGGAUGGAUUCAAUCUAGAAUAAUAAGAAUGUUACCUAGAAAAUAUUCCCCUACAACCAUAUAAGGAGCCUAAAUGUCAUACCUUACUUAAAGGAAAAUGUACAGAAAAAUUAAGAGGCAUAUACGAGGAACGGAAAUUUCCUAGUUUACAGUUCAUCAGAAAUAUACGGGAUUACACGUGUUGUUCAAAUCUAUUCGUGAUACACAAACAUAGGAGGACUAUAUACAAAUCAAUACGUUAAUAUAUCCUUAAUAGAAACGUUCCGUUGCCAUCAGUAUCAAUGUACUGUUCUAAAACAUGUUCUUAAUCAUUGAGAUAAAACAUGUACUUAUUCAGUAUCCUCAAUAAUUACAUAUAUUUGCGGGAUUUGUUAUUUAAACUGUGUAGUAGAUGCAAUCGAUUAACCUGCUCGACGCCUUCCGAAAAUUAUGUCAUUGCGCACCAGUUUUCGAGUUUUCGGUGAAUAUCCCUUUCGCUGUAUCUCAAACAGAUAAAGUAGGUCCAAUAUUGUGAUCGCAGUGUUAUUUGAUGUUUGAGUCGAGCAACAAUAUUUUCCCCACCUUUAAACCAAAUAUGUACAGCUCUGUUAAAAAAGAGAGAGAAGCGUUGUCAAUACUAAUUCCAUGGAGGCGAUACACAAAUAUAUACUGAACGGCUACACCGACACCAAAGAAAGCCCGCCUAAUGGAAAUAGCCAAGCGAGACCCGCUGACACCCAUUCGGAAACAAAUUAGCGACUUCUUUUAAAUCAAUUUACCACUCUAGAAAGACCAGAUAAUAGUAAGAAUUUCCCCUAAUGGAUGUGUAAUAAAACCCGGAAAUUUUAUAUCCGUGAAGUACUCUUGUAAUUGAUAGAAAUUAGUGUCAGAUUUGUGCAAUUCCAGGUUAAAAAGAGGUCGUUCAAUCAAUUAGAUCGAUCUACGAGUUUGUAAAUACUGUAAUUUUCUAUGCUAAAUCAAUUAAUACCAGGCAAGGCACUAUGAUUUGAACAGUCACCAAGAGUAUCUCCUAAGACUUAAGUCAGCUGCAUUUUGUUGUUGUAUUUGACAGCAACGUGGUAUUUUCUAUCUAAUACAAAAUUUUGAAACAAUUAAUCACCUUCAGCAUUGUGAAAAUCCAUUAUAUAUUAGAGAAACGUAUAAACUUAUCUUUGGACACAGUACUGGGUGUUUGUGCCAAGGCAACAGAAUGCUUAAGCAUGGUAAUCGUUGUGUCUGUAUGAUGCCUUGGUCAUUGUACGACACGGGUUGAUACGAUAAUAACUGUAGUGAAAGAUAUUGUUAAUGUGUCAACCCUGUUUGAACCAAGUGAUAUGUUGAUGUUUCGAGAUACCGAGGUCAGGAAUGAUAUUGUGUAGAUUAGAGAUAAUGGGGAUACAUAGUCGCACCCAAUGUUGAUUCGAAAUAUCGAGGUCUGGCAGUCGAACACAUUGCUGUGUUGAUUCGAGAUAUUGGAGUUUGGCAGGCGAACCAGAUGUUGUGUUCAUUCGAGAUAUCAAAGUAUGACUAUUAAGAGGUGUAUUGAGGUCAGAAUGUUGGCUUUUCCUUUUAUAUUUUUGCAGGUUAUACCUUUAUGUAAUAACUGAAAAAUGUGACGUAGACGGAAACUAAAUGUUUUUGUUCUAAUAUAUUCAACACUAUUGCUAUAAUACGUCACAUAUUUUAUAUUGCUAAAUUCUAUGAAAAAAAUCCUAGUUUACGUUACGUUUGAAGCGAUAAGAACAUUAUUGAUAAACACUAGUAAAGUUUACGAGAGAAAGACCCCCUUAGUUACACGUAACAAGAGAAAAGAUGAUUGUUGAUAAAGUAAUAUUUUGCUAUGAUAUAUUUUUCAAAAGAUAUUAUUGCAUUCAAUGGAUGUUUUGUUUGUCUAUCGUCGAGAACCUAGAAGUGAAAACCUAGAGAGAAAUGACAUUGGAAAAACAAUUUGAUUUACUGUAAAAUUAAAUAAACAGUUGCACAUCA